AUGUAUUCUACUUUCAUAAUAUUCCUAGCAAUUCUCAUCAAGUGUUCCCUUCAACAAUCACAAAUCCUACAAUAUUUUAUCUCAAUCCCGGUGCCGACAGACAAUAUAACUGUAACAAUCCAAGACUUCGAACUUUUGGAUAAAAAUCUCCAACCAAUUCGAGAUUUGCCACUUGUAGGCUCACCAACAACUGCUCUCUUAGGACAGUUUCAUGUUAAUGCAACUAGCGUUGAUGAGAUAUAUUUGUUUAAAGUUUUGGUGAAGCCGCAAGGAUUCAAUGGUUUGUUAAAUAUUCAGAGAGUUAUAUGUUUUUUUUUCAUAGAAUAUAUCACUUUCACUCGACAUCCUGGAAAAGAAGAUUCUAUCGAACAAGACUAUAUACAUUUUUUAAUUUCUAUUAAAACUCAAAAUACCACUGAUUUCAAUGAAGCUGGGAAAUUUAAGGAAAUGAAAGGUUAGACAAUAAAAAUUGUUGAAAAAGUAUAAUUUUGAAAAUUUCAGAAUUAUCGUUGAAUGGAAAUCGAGAAGAAAAAUCAGUCAAAUUGAUGUGCAAAUUUAAAAUCAGAAGUUUUAUGUGCAAAGACGUCGAAAAUUAA